AUGCAGUUGCUCUGGGUCUCAGGUGUUUCAUGGGAUGAUGAUGCGCCAGAGAACCUUGCAUCCGAAUGGCAAGAAUUCAAAGCGCAGCUUCCUUCGUUGAAAUCGGUGUCUGUCCCGCGCCGUAUGGUCAAGGAUUUCGUCUCGCUCGAAGUCCACGGUUUCUGCGACGCCUCAGAGCUAGGGUAUUGCGCGGUGGUCUAUUUACGGACGUCAGGUGAGGAUGGAACGCGAUAUGUUCAUCUGGUCUGCAGCAAAUCAAGAGUGGCACCUCUUCGUAAGCUGUCGAUACCCCGUCUAGAGUUGCUGGCUGCGGUUCUACUUGCUGACUUGAUAGCAUCUGUUGCAGAGGCUCUGACGCCCCUCCACAAGAUUUGUGAAAUUUGUGCGUGGUCUGAUUCCAGCGUUGCUUUGACGUGGAUAAAGUCUUGCCCGUCCAGAUGGCAAACUUUCGUGGCUAACCGCGUGAGUCACAUUCAGGAUAUCAUCCCUCCAGACUGUUGGCGGCACGUGAGGACUGGUGACAAUCCUGCGGAUUGUGGAUCGCGAGGACUCUUGCCAGAUGACCUGGUUCACCACAAUAACUGGUGGCAGGGCCCAUCUUGGCUAGGUUUGGAUAAGGUUGACUGGCCUAAGUCCACGGUGGCAGUGGAUCUGGACGUUCUAUACGAAGAGCGCAAGGUCACUGUGCUCACUGUCUCAGUGAAAGAAUCAUGGACAGACAACCUGAUGAACAAAUUCUCGUCGCUAAGGACACUGCAACGUGUCCUUGCAUACUGUCGCAGGUUCGCAUAUAACGCGAGGAACCAAAAGAUGCCCAACAACUUGUUGAGCGGUCCCCUGACACCGCUAGAACUUAAGCAGGCGCUCAUGUUCCUUGUGUGCCAUGCGCAAAAACACCACUUUGCUUCGGAGAUAGAGAAGGUAACAAGUGGCCUUUCGAACUCUCUCCCGAAGGCAUUAAAAAAACUGUGCCCAUUUCUAGAUGACGCGGGUCUCUUGAGGGUGGGCGGACGCUUGUCGCGAGCCUCUCUUGAAUUCGAUGUUAAACAUCCCCUUUUGCUACCUCGCGACAACCGUCUGACCUAUCUCUUGAUUGACGAAUACCACAGACGUUUUAUGCAUCCGGGCAUCCAAACGCUCCAUAAUUUGCUGGCGCAGCAUUUCUGGAUCAUGAGUCCUAAGCGGGCUAUCUACGCCGUGGUCUCAAAGUGCAUGAAAUGCUUCCGGGUUCGCCCGCUGGGCGCUCCUGCGCCAUUCAUGGGAGACCUACCAGCUUAUCGCAUCACUCAACUGAAGGCCUUUUCGAGCUCAGCGGUCGACUUUGGUGGACCUUUCGAUAUCGCCCUUGGUCGUGGUCGCGGGAACAAGACGUACAAGGGCUACAUCUGCGUCUUCGUUUGCACCGCGACAAAGGCGAUACAUACUGAGCUGGCUACGGAGUUGUCCUCAGACGCCUUUCUGGCUGCGCUCCGGCGUUUCGUCGCCCGUCGAGGUCGGUGCAGUCGGUUAGUCUCUGACCAAGGCAAAAACUUUGUCGGUGCGAGCAACAUCCUCCAACGUCUCGUGGAGGAUGCUGCCGCACGCGAAGCAAUUCAUUUCGAAUUUAACCCGCCAGGGAGCCCACAUUUCUCGGGACUCGCUGAAGCCGGGAUCAAGGCGGUAAAGACACACCUCUCGCGCGUCAUAGGGAACCAAAGGCUGACGUACGAGGAGUUUUCGACGGUCUUAACUCAGGUCGAGGCUUUGCUGAACUCAAGGCCACUCACUCCUCUCAGCUCCGACCCUAAUGACUUUUCAGCCUUGACUCCGGGUCAUUUCUUGACCACAGAACCCCUGUCGGUCGUGCCUGAGGAGGAUCUGGCAGACGUCCGGGUUGGCCCUCUCCAACGCUGGAAGCUGCUGCAGAAAAUGCACCAAGACUUCUGGAGCAAAUGGUCUAAGGAGUACAUGCAUACUCUCCAACAGAGGAUGAAGUGGCACGACAAAGAGUCUAACAUCCAGGUCGGAGCACUCGUGCUCGUCAUAAACGAGCAGACGAGCCCAAUGAAAUGGCCCCUGGGUCGCAUCGUCGAGACACACCCCGGAUCCGAUGGAAUCUGUCGUGUUGUUUCCGUGCGCACUGCCACAGGGUUGUACAAACGGCCUGUGGUCAAGCUGUGCCCAUUGCCGGUGUAG